GAAACAUGUCUGAAACUGAGAUGCAAGAGGAAGGGCCGAGACGCCGUUAUAAGGCGCCGUGGUCUCCGGAUGGCCCGGAAUAUGAUCCACUGCUACCGUACGGACCAAAAGUUUAUCUCGCAAGGAAGAAAAAGCCAGAUCCUUGGUGGAUUGUAGCGCUUGAGGUAAAGACGACGUCAGUUUAUAUACAUGUACAUACACCGUUAUAGCUAAAAGCAUAAAGGUCUCCAUGGGCAAAGUAAGAAAGCAUAUAGCGGAGACAUUGCAUUGAAAAAUUUUCUCCCAUAUCCCCUUGGCCUUGGCCUGACAUUGUCGCGGAAACAAUUUGAUACACAGCCAAAGAAAGCAAAAAUAUUCCCCCAACAAUUUAUUUCGUUUUCCAAAUGUGAUUUUGUUUCGGAAACAAGGUUUCCUAGUUGCCAAGGGUUUUUAAACCCUUGGCACAACCCUUGUUGUACCUUAAACGUUACAACAACACAAGCCAACUAAGCCUAAGGCUUGGUGUAAUACUUUCUGGCACGAAAUAUUCUAUUAACUAUGAUAACAUAUUAUAUCUUAACACAAUUUCUUCAAGGCUAUUAUUGCAUUAAUUCACAUAAUGAAACAUAGCCAUAGGCAUAGGGAAAAGUUAUAAGAUAUAUGUAAUAUGCCGUAAAUAUUGUUAUACGUUUAGCCAAACUUUUGAGACUUUCCUUCAUAUAAUUGCAAAUUAAUUUUGUUUCGUAUUCAAAAACUGUUAGUUCAAGGCCAACAAAAUCCACAUAUAUGAAUUAUUGGUCAACACCACCUUAUAUCGUUUUAUAGAAUUUGAGAAGAUAAUUCUUUUUCGUUAAUUUAAAAGUAAAAUUAAAACAAACUUUAAGCAUAUAAAAUUCCCGAUAACAAAUUUACAAGCAAUUGAGUUUUGUAUAAUUACGUGAAAAUAAUUUUCCCGCAGUUUGUGUUAUAUUAAUAAUAUUUAACCACAUUUUGACAAGUUCGCAAUUAUAAUGUGCGGUCAAAUUACACGGCAAAAUAUACCUGUUCCAGUCUUCUAGAUAGCUCUGCUAAUUCUAAAGUGUUCUCCAUAUAUGGAUGUUCAAAACUCCCGCACAGUUUUUGUCCACUUUUUAGAGGAACAAAUUGGAGCGACCGGUAAAACCAGCAGUGUUUGCUAGAGUCAAACUGCAAACCUUCUUUGAAAGGCUCGUUCACACUCGCAAUUUUUUGCAGCGAUUUCUAGUGCGAUUUUCCUCUUCUGGAUGUGGACGAAUAGGUGAAUUAUAAAUGCUCUGAGUAUAUGUACCCUCGUCUAAACAUUCCUAACCAUUGAACUAUAAAUAAACUGGAACGCUAACUGCUAUCAUGAAGGCCUAUGAUUUGAUGAAGCCAAAAUAGUUUUUCUGAGUUAUGAGCAGAAAUACUUGACCCCAAACGUCGGGCUAUAUAUCAAAUUGAAGCUAUUGAAAAUUGCUAUUCGGUGUGGAAAUUUCAAGACUUCAGCGAAAAGAAAAUAUUUAAAAAAUACAAAAACAACUGCAAAACGGCAAAUUAUCGGUAAUUAUGUUUGUAGUUUUUCGAUAUUUCCCUUUUAGCUAAAGUCUUGAAAUUUCUACACCAAAUAGCGUUUUUCAAUAGCUUCAAUUUGAUAUAUAGCCCAACGUUCAGUGUUGAGUAUUUCUGCUCAUAACUCAGAAAAACUAAAAUGCACUGGCUUCAAUCCCCCCCCCCCUGAGUUAGCGUUCCAGUUUAUUUAUAGUUCAAUGUUCCUAACUCAUCCACUCACUCGUCCACAUACAUCAGAAGAAGAAAAUCGUACCUAAAAUCGGAGCAAAAAUUGCAAGUGUAAACCGGGGCCUUUACACAUGAGAGAGUUGAAAUUAUAAUCAGAUUUAUAAUAUAGCAUUUGUAAAUUCUGAACGCUGAUUGGCUAAGAGCCGUGUUGAUAUAACUCAAUAAGCAUGUAGGACGGCAACACGACGACGACGGCCAAAACAAAUUCCUUCAAAUAAAUGAUAGUAAAGAAAACUUGUCGUAUAUUAUAAUUCGUAUGAAUUUAAUACAGUAUAAGAAGCUGAAAACAUUGGCUUUAUGUCUGAGAAGAGUUCCAUUGACCGAACUUUAAGUUGCACUUGUUACGGCUUGAAAUGCAGGCGUUGUAUAAAAGACGUGAAAAUAUGUGAUUUGCCGUUGUAAACAGAGCGACGACCACGUCUGAAACUCCCCUGGGACUUCAAUUAUUUAUUCACUUUUCAUUGACUCAUUGUAUUGAUUGCCGUCGUCGUCGUGUUUGCCGUCCAUGCAAGCCCCUAAUGUCAACACGGAAACGUCGGAAAAUUUCUUUCUUUAUAUUUCUUUGUGCUAUAUUAUAAAACAAAUAUAAAAACUUUUUUCCGUAUUGAUAUAUAGUUAUAUCAACACUCACAAUUUAUCGUUUUCCCAAUUUCCACUCGUGUUAAUAUAACUGUACAGUAUAUCAACACGGAAAAUAUUUUAUAUUUGUUAAAUAUCACUGAUAAUUGCAUAAUCCAGAAAUUAAACCUAUAAUCCUGCAUAGGCAAAACAUCUGCAACACUAUACCGGCAAUUAUUGGACCAAAAUUUGUAAUAUUAUUGUUACUGUUGAAAAACCUCCCCCUUACCCCCACCAUUCGAUGUUGAUAUCAUUCCCAAAACACAGUUAAUGCAAUUGAUGUAUGUCCAACAUUGCUUUUUUGGGGGGUCAGUGGGGGUGGAGGGAGUUUUAAUAGUGGUCGCUGAUAGUUUUGAGCAGGAUUGUAGGUCGCCGACACAUGGUACCAACACCAGACAUGACAUUAAACUAGCAAUAUAAAUGGAAACAAAAUUGCUGUUAUUUUUAGGUUCUCGUCGUGGUUUCAGUGAUAUUAUUUUUCAUCUACAUGUAUUACUACAUCGACCACCUCCAUUUCCACGUUACGCAUGCGUAUGCGAGAAUUGGUAGUAGUACAGCGCAGCAUCAUGUCGCACAUAAAUAUUUACGAGGUAAGAGAAAAAUAAAUUUUAAGAAAACGUACAGAUACCUUUUAUCAAACAGACAUCUCUCAUCUCGUGAGAUUCCUGGACCAGUUUCCUACAAAAGAACAAUACAGAAAUAAUCAAAGGUUCAGUCCCAAGUGUCUGAUAUUAUAGAGGUUCAGAUUUGACUACCACUACCUGCAUGGCUUAGUAUGCAUCUGAUUGGUUAAUUGAAUAUAUCAAACGCAUCUGAUUGGUUAAUUGAAUAUAUGAAACACAUCUGAUUGGUUGAUGGUCCCUUAACGGUAGCGGUAGUAGAAGUCAAAUCUGAACUUUGCAAUUUUCGCUGCGAUUUCUGUAGCGCGAUUUUCUUCUUUUGAUGGAUGUGAAAGAGUAGAUGAGUUGCGAAUGUUCUGAGUAUAUGUCCCCUAAUCUGAACAUUCAUAACUCAUCCACUCGUUCACAUCCAUCAGAAGAAGAUCGCACAACAAAUUCUUGGGUUUCAUAUGACGUCACAGAAGUGACGGAGGGUCAACUCCCAAACAAAACACAGUUAUCAGAGUGAGUCGAUUGUUCGUUUUAUGUAUUAAGGCCCAUACAGACCGGACGCGAUUCGGCAACACGACGCGAAUUUUCAGUUUUCAAAACAAAUAAAACCGUCAACGGAUAAAAAUUUUACAAGAUAUGCAGACUAAAUAGCUGAAAUUGCUUAAGUAGUUCCGAAUAUUUGAAAAACAUUAAAAAAUAUUAGAGUUAAAUAUCAUUGAAAACUGAAAAUUCGCGUCGCGUUGCCAAAUCGCGUCCGGUCUGUAUGCGCCUUUAGCCUUGUGUUUGGUGACAAAUACAUGGAAUUUCGUAUCAUUUUCUCACUCCAGUACAGCAUAAGCAUCAAUACAUUUGAGGUUGACCCCCGUCAGAUUCACUGCAUAAUGCCUUAGUGAAACCCAAGAAUUGCAGCAAAAAAAUUCUUAACCAUUCUUAUGUGAGUCUAGUGACAAAUUUUAAAAUGAGAUUUCUACUGAUUUUCUUUUACUUCUACUAAUUCUUUUUAUUCUAGUGUAAAAUGAGACUUCAACUUUGUUUUUCACUAGGUCAUGGUACGAAUCAGGAUCACGAGCAGGCUAUGUAUUGGUUCAGGUAAAAUAAACUAUUUUCAUUAGUAUCGCCGACAACUCGCAAAUAGUGUUUUCAUAAAUAUUUUUUUUACGAGAAGCGAACCUUUUAGGCAAGUACGGCUGUGAAUGUUGUAGCUACGAUAUGUUUAACGCCAAAAUAUGAAUAUAAUAAAUAAAGGAUGUGGCGAGCAAGAGAUGGUCGUUUGUUAAACUCAUUAAACUGAUGUUCCAAGGGUGGUGCAAACUAACUCUUAGUCUUUCGGAAACUUUUUAGACAAGCAGCGGACAAUGGUCAUGCUGGUGGAGCAUAUAAUUUGGUAGCGGCUCAUUUUCAGGGUUUUAAGACUGAUCUACAAGAACAGUAAGUUUAUUUUUACACUUCUAACGACGGUAUGGUGAGGGCGGGGGACAACGCAUGCGCUACUACACACUAUAGGUUUUCUCCACUUUCCAGGUUCUCUAGUUUCCUCUAAUGGGAACCACCCAUUCCAUUUGAUCAAUUAGAGACGACCAUUAUACUGGACCUACAAUUUUGGACAAAACCCUUGAGACCAUUCCAGCCAAUAUUAUAAAGUUAUUGAACAUUCACAAAACAAACUUUGUCUCCCCCUUCCCCCCAGUUCACUGUUGUAAACAACGCCGAAACAACUUUUGGUAAUAUACCAUGAUACAAGCUCAACAUUGAGUUGGGGGAGCGGGGGCUUAAGAAGGGCCACAUGAUUCAACACGGAGUUUAUCAUAAAAAUAUGUGAGUUUUGUAUAGGAGGGAAAAUAGUCUCAGCCAAUUAUGUCCAAGAUUGUAGGGAGAUCUUAGUUUAACUUAUUUCAGUUUAGUUUAGAAGAAUUAGUAGAUGCUGUACCAACCGUAAGAUGUUAUAUUUUUGUGUUUUAUUUUAGCGAAAUUGAAAAUAUGUUGAAAGUUGCAGCAGAUGGCGGACAUGAAGAAGCGAAGAGAGCCUUGAGAGAAAUGUACCCAGAAAGUUAUUAGUACUUCAUGUAAUCAAAACAUUUUGAACAUGCUUCAAUAUAUUUUCAAAACAUUUUGAACAUGGUCACAAUACAUUUGACAAAUGUUUAAUAGACACAUUUGGUUAACCGUUAAGCCUGGUUUACAUGCAUGGGUGCUUGUGCUAAUCUCACACCGCUGACUAGGCUUAACAUUAAGGCUUAACCAAAUUUUUGUACUAUUAUAAACAGCGACAUUCGUUUUGCUUCAUCCAUUUCUUGCCAAAAAUAAUUUAAUGCUUUGGCGUGUUUCAUAGCUAAUUUAGCUAUAUACAACAUUGUAUUAUAUUGUAAAGUACUGUAAUAAGGU